AACCAGAAAGAAAGAAUCCAUAAGAAUCAUCUCGCCCAGUGUACGGUUUUGCGGACGCACGGAUAGAGUCAGAACACACAGCCAUCGACGAGACAGGCGAGAAUCGCAGCCAUCUCUGUGUGCUCCAACCAUAGUGGUGAAGCGACGAUCCGAGAAAAUCCUGCCGCGGAAGUCGCGAAGUUCCGGUCAGUGGUUUCGCUACUUGGCGGUGUCCAGCGCCUACGGAAGUGCAGUCUUUGCGAACCCCCAUGAGGGCUACCCUGAACGGUAAUCGAUGAAGUCCCCCUGCUCCUGGAGGUUUCCUUGACAUUGUGAGGGAGUGGGUCUGUUCGGAGUGUAAAGUUUUUCCACCACUUUGGGUUCCCUUUUUGUGUAGUAGAGUGUCGUGAAUGGCUUUUUUCGAUGUGAGACAAAGUUUUUUCUGCUUGGUUUCGCUCGCCUGAAGGAUACAUGAGUCGGUGGCGAUCCUCCGGGUGAUAUAUAGCGAGUUAAUCGGAAAACUCGAGUUACGGGGCCAAUCCAAUCAAUCAAUGGUGGCAACUUGAAUGGGCCAAGGGAAUAAGGCAGGCUAGUGAAAAGAGUGAAACGCAUGCACCGCAAUAGGGGAAGAAGAAAAGUUGUACCAGAAGAGUGAAUGGCGUGAGUGUGAGUAAAAAAAAUUGCAUACAUGGCUUGUUGCAAAUGAGCCUAAUAAUCCUCAAAGUUGAGUGGGAUAAUAACUUGGAUGCAGUCAUCGUGUCAUGUGAAAAAAAUCUGCAUUGAUUGUGCAAAGAUCUGUAAAUAGUUGAUCAAUAUUUGGGACAUUAUGUCCAUAGUGGUUUAAUCGCUGGAGAACUGUCAUUACCCGACACAGGCACGCACACCAAGAAAAAAAAGUCUAUGAGAUUCCUAUUUGAUUGAUUUUUGCUGCUGCGACUCUGCUUCUUCUUCGUCCUGUGCUGCUUGACUCCGUACUUUUGUGCACACAUUCCGGUUCUCCAUUCUCGGAUAAAAAGGAAGAAAACCAACUGCACUAGACGAACGAAGCAACGAAGGUUGGGAGGAAUUCGCAAUCGACGCGAUACCGACACUGGAAUGGCUCUGCUAUGAACACGACCGAAGUUUCGUCCAGGAUUGCAUUCGCGAAAAUGAAAAACUAAAGUAAAAGGAAGAAAAUAUAAAAGUACAGAGGAAGUAAAUCAACACCACUGGCGCGUUCUUUAAGUGUAAAUCAGUGUUAUUUUUUUCCGUUGCCAGUAUUUCUGCUGAAAAUCAAUACCCGUUGGCCAAGUGAGCCCAAGUGAAGGUGUGUGUUUAUCGAUAAAAGCUGUAUUAAGAAAUCCAUGUAGCGAAGAAGAUAAUAAAUAAGAAAAGAAGUUCCGUUUGGGUGUGUAUCGUUUCGCCAGUGUUCCAUUAUCUCGUUUAGGGGUUUUGGCGACUAGGUUCGAUUCGAUAACAACGGCAAGAAAGCAAAGCUCUAACUGCUUUUACUCGUGUGGUGUGGUCGUGUGGUGCCCUGGUGACAAGGCACCGUGAGAGUGGGUUCCAAUCAAACGGUGAAGAAAACGGCGGUGUUUCCUCCCGUCUAGGUUCGUUCGCCUAGUUUCGAAGGGGGGCUCCAUAUAGCGCAGUACCGGAGCAAUAAGUAGGAGUGCAAAAUGUCCAGCGAAGAGGACAAGCCACCGGCACCACCGGUACGGCUUACCAGCAAUCGUGGGGGCGGCGAUCGUAUCGAUAGUGCCGCGCCGGUCGACAUGAAACCGCUGCCAAAAGAACCAGACGAUGCCGAUCGCAAAAAGAAAACGCUCAAAAACAAAAUCAAAGUCUCCAAGGCGUCCCACAACGAUUCGAAGCCGAACAUCUCCUAUCCGACCAACUUCGAGCACACGGUCCACGUGGGCUUCGAUGCCAUCACCGGAGAAUUCACGGGUAUGCCAGAGCAAUGGGCGCUCAUGCUGAAGAAUUCCAACAUUAGCAAACAGGAACAGAAGAAAAACCCGCAGGCUGUGCUGGACGUGCUCAAUUGGUUCGACAACAGCAGCAAACAGCGACCCAGUUCCAAGUAUAUGACCCAUGGUUUGCACACCACAACGCACUCUGCUUCGUCCAUAGGUUCCUCGCUGAGCCGAGUCAGCAGCAGCAGUCCGAGCAGUACCCCGACGGAUUCGGAAUCGCACGGCCCGGGCGGGGUCGGCCAGGUGCACCUCUCCAGCUCGCACUCGCAGGCGUACAGCUUAGGGCCGCUCUCGUCCCAUCACAACUCGGCGAGCGGCGAGCACGACAGCGACGAACUCGGCGGACUCAGCAGCGGAGGCAGCAUCAGCGGCAAUGGCAUACCGCCGCCGAUUGCGAGCCGACCGGAGCGGACCAAGUCCAUCUACACGAGGCCUAUCGAUGAGCCAACGCCGAUAUCACCACCAGUACCUCCCCAUCUCAGCAACAGUGGAACGACAGGCGUGCGCAGUCCCACGUUCGACAAGAACAAGAACUCGACGACGAUCCUCACAUCGACGGUAAACACCAACUCGACGAGCGCUGCGGCCGUGCCCCAAACGCCAACCGUCGCCGCGUGCAAUCUGAACAACGCCAACAACCAGCAGCUGCAAGCGGCCCAAACAGGCACAACGACGACGACGACGACAACCGCCACCACCGUAGUGCCCCCCGUGGGCUCCACCACGACCACGACGGCCAACAAUGAAGCUCCCAGCCAGCAGCGCACCAAUACCAAGAAGAAGAAAAUGUCCGACGAAGAGAUCCUUGAGAAGCUUCGAACAAUCGUCAGCGUGGGCGAUCCUAAGCGGAAAUACAACAAAAUGGAGAAAAUCGGGCAAGGUGCCUCCGGAACGGUGUAUACGGCUAUCGAGAGUUCCACUGGCAUGGAGGUAGCCAUCAAACAGAUGAACCUCAGCCAACAGCCCAAGAAGGAACUGAUAAUCAACGAAAUCCUGGUGAUGCGAGAGAACAAACAUCCAAACGUGGUCAACUAUUUGGACAGCUAUCUGGUAUCGGAGGAGCUUUGGGUGGUCAUGGAAUACCUUCCGGGAGGGUCGCUAACGGACGUCGUCACCGAGACGUGCAUGGAUGAGGGUCAAAUUGCAGCCGUCUGCCGCGAGGUGUUACAAGCGUUGGAGUUCCUUCACAGCAAUCAGGUCAUCCAUCGAGACAUCAAGAGCGAUAACAUUCUGCUGGGACUGGACGGCAGCGUGAAGCUGACGGAUUUCGGAUUUUGUGCGCAAAUCUCGCCGGAGCAGUCGAAGCGGACUACCAUGGUGGGAACACCGUACUGGAUGGCACCGGAAGUGGUCACGAGAAAGCAAUACGGACCUAAGGUCGAUCUGUGGUCACUGGGGAUCAUGGCCAUCGAGAUGAUCGAAGGCGAGCCGCCAUACUUGAAUGAAAACCCUCUACGAGCGCUCUACCUGAUCGCUACACACGGCAAACCGGAGAUCAAAGAGAAGGAAAAGCUCAGCCCCGUAUUCCAGGACUUCCUCGAUCAGUGUUUGGAGGUGGACGUCGACCAGCGUGCCACCGCCUUUGAACUCCUCAGGCAUCCGUUCCUGAAGUUGGCGCGACCGCUGGCAAGUCUGACACCGCUCAUCAUGGCCGCCAAGGAGGCUACCAAGGGACACUGAGACGAGGCGAAUGCAAACCGAACAGGCGACGGCGACACCGGAGCAGUGUCGACCGAGCCGGCGGCGAAUGCGGCGGCGACGACGUCGGUUCUUUCGAGUAACCAGUGAUGGGCUGGUCCUACGCACGCACGUGAGUCUAAUAAUAAUGAGCCUAUUGGUUAGUGUGCUGUAGGUUCUAAGGCGUUGUUUGUUGAGUAUGAGUACGGUGUGUUGUGAUUGAUAAUAAGGAAGCUUCGCACGUUGCGCACGUGUUGACUGACGACUACGAACAGGAAGAUGAUCAUGUGAGAGCUACUAUUAACAAUAAGCUAUAUUGAUACAAGAAAAAGAGUCAACCAAUACUAGACACGUAAGAAAGCAUAAUAUGAAGAAAAUGCAAACAUUAUAUUUAAAACAUGUUAUAUCUAUAAGCCGGAAAGUCUAAGAUAAAUCGUUAGAAUGGGAGCGUGCUCUUCCCUGCCGGAACAAUAACGUCAGAGAAAUUAGGGAAAUGUGAAAGUAUUUAAUAACUAGAGCAAAUCAUGUAACAUCGUAAGAUGAGCGAACGAGAUUAUGGUUUUGUUACGUGUUUCGCCAAGGUCUAAACCAAUUGUGAAUAGAAAAGCGUGGUUUUAUGUGUAAAUAUAGAGUACAAAGAAGAGGAAAAUAUGAAUGCGAUGAACAUCAAGGCACACUCUUAGUCAAGGAGUCUAGAGUCUAUCUUACACAUAUUUUCAACCAUCGGUGCAGGGUGUUUUCUCAACGAAGAUGGUUGAGAGACUGAUUCGUGUUUAGUAGGAGCCAGAUAGCGUGUCCGCGUGAUGUACAGCAAAUCAGGAAAAGGAGUUCAAGUUCGCUCAAACAUACAAUACCGUAAAAUAUAUAUUAAACUAUAAACAGCAACUUCCGAAUAAUAGAAAACAAAACCAGAAAACAGGAGACACAACACAAAAAAUAUCUAUGAAAGUAAUCAAUAACAAAAUCAGAUAAACACACGUGAAAAGUGCCUACACCAAGUGUAUGUGUCCGCGAGAUAUUAGAUAACACAAGCAAACAUACUGCAAGAGCUAACAAAACGAGAUUCAAAUCAUUUAACUACAACAGUUUAUGUGUACGCUUUUCGUUUUUAUUUUCGGAAGAUAAAGGACAAAGAAUGCGAUCGUAUAUACCAGUUAAGAUCGAGCUGCAAGUAUUAACCAUCGUUUUUGGCUACCGUUUUGUUUUACUCAACGAUCGCUUACAAUCGCUACGUACUAACCAUACAUUCGACUGCUUAGGAAAAUGAAGUUCAGAGAAACGAGAACUGUGUAGUAAUAUGUGCUAAAGGAAAGAAAAACAAGUAUUUAACUGAUAGUAAGAAAUCAUUUCCUAUUCUAUUAACGCUAAUUUGCCUCCUUAUGUAUGAACUAUUCAUAUGAAAUGAAAAAAAAAAGAUCUUCCUCGAGGCUAAAACUGUCCACGGUGGGCAGAACCAAUCGAUUAUUUUUCAUCGACGCUAUUUUUUUUUUAAUAAUUGCAAUUAUUCUGGAUUGAAAACUAAAAGGAAUCAAAUUGGUGCAGUUUUUUGUCCGAUGACAUAUUUUAACAACUGCAAGCUUAUGGGUAUAAAUUUGAAAAAAUAUUCCUGCAGAAUUUCUAUUUUUGGCCUCAACUUUAUUACUUUCACGGUAGGUCUAGGUACUAAUACAGAUACUAGCAAUGUUUAUAUGUUUGAACAAAAAUAAGUUACCUACAAAUCUUGGAGAUUCUGAUAUUCAUGAGUUUUAUGGUCUUAAAUAGGCGACCCUUAAAAUGUCGAUUCGGUUCGAUUUUGCCCAACGUUGGGCGACCAAAAUAUGCCACAUUUCCCCUUGCAUUAUAUUGUUUGACGACAACGCAAAUGGCUCGUUGGAUGUUCCUUUUUUAUGUAAAUAAAAUAUAUUGUUCCUCAACCUUACCCCACUCUAUAUCCCUCGUGUAAUCCCAAACGUAAUAAUCUAUCACUUGUUUAAAAUCCUAAUUAACAUUCAUUCGAGAAGCAAAACUGCUGGAUAUGUUAGCUGUAGAUAGACUUCGAUAGUUGUUGUGCACCGGUCGCAACUUCGAUGUAUUUAGAAGAAAGCCGUGUGUACUGUACGCGUGUGCGUGUGUGCGUGUGACAAAUGUUAGGACGACAAACAGAAUACCAACUACUCUGUCAUUAAACUGUUUUCUAUUCAAGAAUAAAUUACGCAUUUAUUAUCCUAA